UCUUCCAGCCUCCAGGUACGGGUAAAGGGUCUUUAUUCCGCUCUUUUCAUUUGGCCAUUACAGAAUCCAAAACCCCUACGCCCUACCAACCCUGGCUGUCCGAGUUGUGUAUUUUUCUUGCCCAUUCUAUCCGUCUUUGUUAUAGUUAUCCGAUGGCCUUACAUAACGCGAUCUUUCUUAAUAAGUUUGCUUUUCCGGCGACGGAGAAUCGUGUUCUGGCGAUCUCUUCACCUCUAUGCGGUUCCUGUACUUCCGACGAACUCCGAAUCUCACGGCGUAGAGGCAGCAGAAGGCCGUCGUUGUCCCUCGUCGUUUGGGCUCUGGAAAAGAACAGUGGCGGUGGCGGUAGCAGCAGUAACGCCGUCAAGAAGUCAGCAGUGCCUAAUUCGAACUACGUGGUGCCUCUGGACAAGUCGUCGUGCAUUAUGCGCCCCCUUGCUGAGAUCCUCAGAGACCUCAACAAAAGGGUCCCCGAUAAGAUCAUCAAACCCGAUACCAACUAUAUCCCAUGGUACCAUGCCAACCGAAUGUUGAGCUUCUAUGCCCCAGGUUGGUGUGGAGAAAUACGUGAUGUUAUAUUUGCCGACAAUGGAGGUGUGACUGUGGUGUAUCGUGUCACUAUACAUGGAUCUGAUGGAGAGGCACACCGUGAAUCAACUGGGACAGUAUCCUUGAGUGAUGGCAGCAUUGAAGAUCCAGUUGCUGCAGCAGAGGAAAUAGCUUUCUGUAGAGCUUGUGCUCGGUUUGGUCUUGGUCUAUACUUGUAUCAUGAAGAUGAGAUAUUAUAGAAAAUAGCGCAGUUCUGUUUCAUAAUGAGUUCAUAAUAAGUAGCAGUCAUGUUUUCACUGGAACAAAUUCCGGGUUCUACUUAUCUUUAUUAUGAGUUCAGAUUGUAAAUGCUUUCCAGUUAAUGCGCAUAUUAAGAUUUGAGGGGCUGGGAGUGGUUAUCCAGAACUCUGUUGAAGCUUGUUUUGGAUGAAAUACUGUAGUGGAGGUUUGUUCAAAUGUUAAGCUUCUGGCAAAAAGCAAUGAUUUCUUGUAUGAAGUCCGUCCUGCAGUGUAAAGCAUACCGUGCCAUGUCUAACUGAGCAUGCAUUUUUUGUUUGUGGAAAUUGAAUAUGCUCAUUCCCUUUUGUCA